GAGAAUGUUUCGAGUCCGAUGUCUUUUGUCGUUGAAAAGCACAGAGAGACAGAAUGAACAUUCGCUGUCAGCUUUAUUCUCAAAGGGGAAACAGCAGGUGCACAUCCAAAUAAGUGGAAUGUCAUGAAAGCAUCGCGAUGUCCGUUGAAGAAUGUAGCUAGGUUAAUCUGGCUUUAUUCGCGGUUUUCAGACUAGAAUGGCCGGACAAAUAGGCUAUGUCAACCGAACAUGAUGCAGAUAGGUCUUGGGGAUAUAUAAUUGUGUUCCUCUUUUCGGUGCGAGUCGUGAUCAGGCAAGACAGUGAACCGACAGGACACUCGAUGAUUUGACAGCACUGCCGCUAUGGGAGGAAAAUACGUGGAUAGAUGCAGAAUUAUUUGCACAUUUACUCGGGUAGCCUGUCAUUUGAUGUAGGUGUUAUUGGUUAUCGUAAAGCAAUUUCAUAGCCAACGUGUACGUUGUGUUACGUGUAUUUUGACAAAUUCCAGGAAAUCCAACAGCGCGUUGGGAGAAUUGCAGUAACGAAUUUCUAUCAUAUUGCAGGUCUGAACCAUGAUGCUUUCCAUCGUGGCUGUUUGAUGCUGAUGCUGCUGCUGCUUGGGUAGAGACGACUCUCUGCCCCCCCCCCCCCCAGCCCCCUGUUACCACCAGCCACCAUGUUGAUCAAGGAGUACCGGAUCCCCAUGCCCAUGAGCGUGGAGGAGUACCGCAUCGCCCAGCUCUACAUGAUCCAGAAGAAGAGCCGAGAGGAGAGUUGUGGUGAGGGCAGUGGGGUGGAGAUCCUAGAGAACAAGCCGUAUGAGGAUGGUCCAGGCGGGUCGGGUCAGUACACACACAAGGUGUACCACAUCGGGAAACACAUCCCCUCAUGGUUCUGCUCCAUCCUGCCUCAGGCUGCUCUACGAGUGGAAGAGGAGUCCUGGAACGCCUACCCAUACACACGCACACGGUAUACCUGUCCAUUCGUAGAGAAGUUCUCCAUAGACAUUGAGACGUAUUAUAAACCUGACACAGGGACCCAAGAGUGCUUCAAUCUGUCAUCAGCAGAAAAAAGAACAAGGACUAUAGACCCCAUUGACAUUGUGAAGGACUACAUUGCACCUCAUGAGUACCUGGUUGAGGAGGACCCUAAGCUGUACUUAUCAGAGAGAACCAAGCGAGGACCACUGACUGACGACUGGAUCGAACUCAUCAACCAGAACCCGACCCAGAACACGGUCAUGUGUGCCUACAAGCUCUGCAAGGUGGAGUUCAGAUACUGGGGCAUGCAGUCCAAGAUAGAACGCUUCAUUCACGAUGUUGGCCUGCGCAAGGUGAUGGUGCGAGCCCACCGGCAGGCAUGGUGCUGGCAAGAUGAGUGGUAUGGUCUGACCAUAGAGGACAUCAGACAGCUGGAGCUGGAGACCCAGCUAGCCCUGGCCAGGACGAUGGCCCAGUACAGUCUCAGUGACACCGAGGAGGGGGCGGAAGUGACCAACGGGACCUCUGCCACCCCCGACCAGGACCAGGAGGGAGUGAAGGCCCUGGGGGAGGGGGGAGAGGUGGAGGGAGGACGAUCAGGGCUGGGAGAUGCUUUACAGACGCGCGGAGAGCUCACCAAGCAGUGGUCGACUUCGUCCAAGUCGUCUAAUAGAUCCUCGAAGAGAGGAGGAAGCCCCGUCCACCAGAACAUCUCAGAGUGGCGGAUGCAGAGUAUCGCUCGUGACUCCGAGGACAGCACGGACGACGAGUUCUUUGACGCUCACGAGGACUUCUCUGGGGAUGAGGAGAUGCUGUUACACGCCAAGGAGAUGACCAAGUGGAGUUCCAACGACCUAAUGGACAAGAUGGAGACUACAGAGACGGACGAGGGCCAGGAGAACCUGUAUCAGUCGGGCGAAGAGUAUGCCGCGACCAGUAGUGACGAGAGACUCCUUGAGGAUGGGUCGUCUCGGCAGUGUCUGGCGCCCUCAAAGAUCCACGUUCUCCUCCUGGUGCUUCACGGGGGUAACAUCCUAGACACUGGAGCAGGUGAGCCAAAUAGUAAGCAGGCGGACGUCAACACUCUGACCGGAGCGUUUGAGACAGUGAUGAGGGUCCAUUACCCAGCAGCCCUAGGACGCAUCGCCAUCCGCGUGGUUCCUUGCCCCGCGGUGUGUGCCGACGCCUUUUCCCUGGUGUCCAAUCUCAGUCCUUAUAGUUAUGACGAGGGCUGCCUCUCCAACAGUCAGGACCACAUCCCUCUAGCUGCACUGCCUCUAUUGGCCACCUCCGCUCCCCAGUACCAGGAUGCCGUGGCUACCGUCAUCCAACGAGCCAAUCAGGUGUAUGGGGACUUCUUAAGGUCCUUGGAAGGGACAUCCUUCUCCGGACAGGUAUGUGUGAUCGGGGACUGUGUAGGUGGUAUCCUAGGGUUUGAUGCUCUGUGCAGCAGUAACGUCACCGUCUCAGAGAGCCAGAACAGCAGCAGACGAGGCAGCACUGUCAGCGUACAGGACACAGACCUCCUCUCCCCAGGCAUCAUAAUAAACAGUGUCUCUCCAUCUUCUCCGUCUCUGGAGGGCAGUCGCCAUCUUAGUCGCAGUAACAUUGACAUCCCUCGCAGCUUAGGGCCUGACGACCCCAAGACUAUGCUGCCACGCAAACGCAGUGACUCCUCCACCUACGAACUAGACACCAUCAAACAGCACCAGGCCUUCCUGUCCAGUCUCCACAGCAGUGUGUUGAGAACAGACCCGGGUUCGAGGCGCUCCAGCAGCAGUACCAUGCUAGAGGGAGGGGGGUCGCUAGGGAGGCUGGACUUCGAGGUGGCAGACUUCUUCCUCUUUGGUUCUCCUCUGGGUCUGGUGCUGGCACUGAGGAAGACUGUUGUGCCGUCUAUAGAUGUCUCAGCGUUGCGUCCAGCUUGUCAGCAGGUGUAUAACCUGUUUCAUCCAGCGGACCCCUCUGCCUCCCGCCUGGAGCCCCUCCUAGAGAAGAGGUUUCACCAGCUGCCCCCCUUCUGUGUCCCCCGAUACCAACGCUUCCCUCUGGGGGACGGGCACUCGGCUCUGCUGGUGGAGACGAUGCAGAGUAACCCCCAGCUCCUGUUGGAGUCAGUACCCCUGCGUUACCAGGAGGGGGGCGUCAGUGAGACCUCCAUCCCCGUCCCUGUACUCAACUGGCCCCAACAGGCCGCACAGCUCAACGACACUGACGUGCUCCACUCCCACUGUGGUGUGUUUGUGGACAGCCAGUACCCAGCCUCCCCACUGACUGGACCCCCCCACCCCAGGGGCCUCCGUAGGUCCAGCGAGGCCAGCAUCGCCAGCCAGGUGUCAGGCAUGGCCGACUCAUACACCGCCUCCAACAUCACCAACACUACUAAAUGCCAAAGCAGCCCGUCUAAGAAGCUGGGUCUCCUUUCCCAGCUAGCGCUUCCUAAACUCCCCUCGAGAAGCCCCUCUCCGCGGGCCAGGAAGAAGAUCCGACCCUUCCUCUCUCACGGACGCACCGACUCAGACCAGGGUGACGACGACGUCACCGCUGACGUCACUGCCUCUGAUGUCUCCUCAGACUUGCCGUCUGACAUCACCGAUACGAACUCUGACCCCCCGUCGCCAGACACGCUGAUGGACGUUGAGCAAGUUGCAUCUCGGUGGUGGGGCAGUAAGAGGAUGGACUUUGCCUUGUACUGUCCUGAUGCCCUCACAGCCUUCCCCACUGUAGCCCUGCCUCACCUCUUCCAUGCGUCAUACUGGGAGUCCACUGACGUCGUCUCCUUCCUACUCAGACAGGUGAUGAGGCAUGAGAACUCGAGUAUUCUGGAGCUGGACGGUAAAGAGGUGACCGAGUUCAAGCCCUCUAAACCCAGAGAGAAGUGGAUCCGCAAGAGGACCCACGUCAAGAUCAGGAACGUGACGGCCAACCACCGCGUGAACGAUGCGGUGUUCUCUGAGGACGGAACACAGCUGGUGAUGGGACGCUUCAUGUACGGACCUCUGGACAUGGUCACCCUCACUGGGGAGAAGAUUGACAUCCACAUCAUGACCCAGCCCCCAUCAGGAGAGUGGGUGUACUUUGACACCGAGCUGACCAAUAGCAGCGGACGCAUCUCUUAUGUCAUCCCAGAGAGCAAAAGGCUGGGCAUUGGAGUUUAUCCUGUCAAGCUGGUCGUCAGGGGUGACCAUACGUUUGCGGAUAGCUACCUGACGGUGUUGCCGCGGGGAACAGACUUUGUAGUGUUCAGUAUCGACGGCUCGUUUGCUGCCAGCGUGUCCAUCAUGGGCAGCGACCCCAAGGUCAGGGCUGGAGCUGUGGACGUGGUCAGACACUGGCAGGACCUGGGCUAUCUGAUAGUGUAUGUGACGGGUCGUCCAGACAUGCAGAAGCAGCGUGUGGUGGCCUGGCUGUCUCAGCAUAACUUCCCUCAUGGAAUCGUGUCCUUCUGUGACGGCCUGGUCCACGACCCCCUCAGACACAAAGCCAACUUCCUCAAGUCCCUUAUCUGUGAGGCCCAUAUGAAGAUAUUUGCCGCGUACGGCUCUACUAAGGAUAUCACAGUGUACUCCUCCUUAGGCCUGCCCCCAUCACACAUCUACAUAGUGGGACGGCCCACCAAGAAGAUGUCCAGCCAGUGUCAGUUCAUCCCAGACGGCUAUGCGUCUCAUCUGUCCCAGCUGGAGUACAGUCAGAGGUCUCGUCCUGCCAAGACCGCCAGCGCCCGUAUCGUUCUCCGUAAGGGAAGCUUCGGACUGGGCGCCGCUGGGGGGGACUACCUCCGCAAGCGCAACCACAUCCUGCGCUCCAUCAACUCAACUGGGGGGGCGGGCUCUAGCUCCCCUGGCCAACCAGGACGCACAGAACGCACGCUGAGCCAAUGCGAGGUAGAGAGAGAGCGAGCAGGAGCGGGGACCCAGAGGAGUAUGAGUAUAGCUGCUGGGUGUUGGGGCCGCACCGGGAGCACCAAGGAGGGGUCAGGAGGAUUACUCAGCCCAAAAUAGGACUCACCAGACUGGGCUACAGGGGGGAGGGGACCCUGCCUGACUCUACCUGGAGCACCAUGAUCUUUGGACUGGCCCCGAGAGAGACAAGGAGAGAGGAUGGAUGGAGAUAGGAAAAAGUAUGUUUAAGAGAGAGAGAGAAAGGAAAGGAUGGGAUGAAAGUGGGACAAGGUUUACUGAGGGGUGGAAAGUGAGAGGGAGGAAGUGAAAGGAGAGGGAGGGAAAAGGGCCAAAGAGGGUGAGCAAGAGGAGGAAGCAGGGUCUCUUGGGAAAUAGAUACGAAAGGAAUAGAGAGAGAAGAGAUUGGUUGAGUUAAAAGUAAAGCCAGAAACAUGGGAGGUGCUCUGACUUUGCUGUAAAGAUCAAAUGACAUUUCUACUGUAGCAUAAGAGUCUCACACUCAAGACGUUUAUAUUUCCUACCUUGGCCACUAAAAUAAAAUAACUGGAAAAGAAAAUAAAUUAAAACUAAAAACAAACGAUCGUAAGCCUUAAUCGUCACCCCCUGAGGGCCUGGAGUGCCUACCCUUGUCUGAGUAAUUGUUGAAUGUACUCGCUCUACCUAGAGGACAAUGGGAAUUCGCACACAUACAAACACCCCAGCUCAGGACAGGCCCGGACAGUGGAGCCACAAAAAUAAGACUCAAAUGGUGAUCUGGAGGUCAGUCUGUAGCCAUGGCAACAAGUCAACAACUUCAUCUGUUUUUAUCCCUCUAUCCGCUGAGAUACACCUCCUUCCUUCCCGCUAACCCCAUUGUGUCUGGCAAUAAGAAAACGAGUCCCCUCACACUGCCCGGAGAGAAGCACCACUACCCUAUAGAAAGAGAGAGGGAAGAGGAAAAGCAAGAGGAAGAGGGCUGGAAGGAAAGAGGGUGGAUACAGAGAGAGAUGCAAGACAAAAGGGAGGGAGGGGAAAGGUUAUGGAUGACAUGUACAAUUUCCUCUAGUCUAUUCCUGGGCCAUUUCUCUACUUUUAUCAGUGUGGUACUACACAGCGAUUUCUACCGUUGACCUCAGCUCCAGUCCUUUUCACUCCGUAACAGAGUAGCUACUGUACUGUACCACGUCUUUCAGCAUGGCCUGUGGGCCAUCCCAGGCCUUAAACCCCAAUGACACAUGUAUAACGUCAGACUCUGAAGGAUCCCAGGACUGAGCUAGAUAAGGCUUGUCAUAACAGUAGACAUUAGUGACACGUUUUAAACGCUGAACAAACAGAACACAGCAGCAAUCCCUUUACCAGACCAUCUGCUUGCAAUACCUCUGAGCCACCAGUGGGGGAGCAGUGUCUUUCUCUGUUUUCCAAAAGCAUGAUGCUGUUGGUAUUCAUUUCAGUUCAUCCUGCGGCGCCUCUUAGCUAUCAACCUUUGUCAUUACACACCAUUCAGUGACACACUGGACUUCCCUAUGAUGCUCAGAGCUCUUUCCUCCUUGAGGGAUGUGAUGAAUGCUAUUCAUUGGACAUUACUACAUUUCAGUCUGGAUACUAAAAGUGAUCUAGGCUUUUCACAGUGAUUUAAGUUUUUCAGCGAACCCUCACUAUUCAAAGGACGGAAGCGGGACGUUUCAUGAUUCCUAACAAACAGACGAGGACAGGCGAUGAGGUCAUAGGAAGAAGGGUUGUAAACGUUCUGAGAGCAGACAGGAUGGCCAGACAUCCUCAAGGGCAGGAAGACAUGCUUUGAUUCCACUUUAUUUCACAGUUCCCCUAUCCUGUUUUCUUUUUUUACCUGUUUUUUACCUAAUAAUAACCACCACCCGAUACCAAGUUGUUUCCAAUUGUGAUUCGUUAUCUGAAGUACCAGAGAAAAUACCAUGUUAUUACUUAGCAAAUACCAGCUGGUAUCGGACUAUAAAAGAAAGGGUUACUAAUGCUUUCACUAAAGCUAUGGCAACCUGUACAGAGAAUUUUAGAUGAACACCUAACUCUCAUACUACCUGUUAUCUAAUACCUGGCCCCUACUGUAUGGUUAGGUAUUAUCAUCGUCUUCAAUUAUAUCCCCAUUACUAAUCACACAAAGCCAACAAUCUCUCUCUCUAGCGGCUGUAGUAUCUCAACCUGUUCAACCUCGUUGUUGUUUUUUUUGCACUCGUUUAUGUUGGAGAAUCGUGUUACCGUCUCAUGUCGUUACAUAUUUGUUACCUUUUUGUAGUGCAUGACAUAAAAACGAUUCAUUAUUGCAGGGUAUAUGUGCUGCAGUAGGACACACACUCGUGUACAUUUAUUCAAUGUCAGGAUUACUGAAUAAUGUAGAAUAACGUGCCAAACAGUUGUUGGGUGUGGGAAGCUAAUGUGCCAGGCUGUAUCCCACCGUUUCUUUGUAGAGUGAGAAGAGUCGGGGCUUGCAUUGAGAGCAUGACGGCGUGGCUUUAGUUGAAAUGGGCAUGUGUUCUAUACUGUAUUUUAACUAUGUCAAUCAGAUGACUUCUGAUUUGCGGAUCUUUUUUUAAUCCAAUAUGUUGUCCACAUCUAAGGGACAUAAUGGCUAGCUGUAUAGGAUGUGGUUAUGGUUGUACUUUUACUUAUAACUUGAGAGCUUGGAAGCUCUAGCAUAUUGUUUUGAUUCUAGGGACAUGCUACUAUUGCCAACUUGCAUUUAUUGCAACCUGUUAUGACACCGCUCAAGCGCAGUAGCAUAGGUGAUGAUUGUUAGUUAAAGCAAUAGUUCACUUCAAAAUCAACCUCUUUUUUUUGUCAAACAUUGAUCAGACAUAUAUAUAUAUAUUUAAAAAUAAAAUAAAAAAGGUUGUAACUUCAAGUCUCUGUCCCACACCAUUGGUUGUGUAGAUCCAGCUGCAUAAGGUCCCUUUUUAGGUUUGACCAAGUCGUACAAACUUUGAUCUUUCAGUGAACUACGACUUUAAUGAAGGAUGUAGACUGGAGCUGUAGGUGCCGAUCUGGAAGGCACUAGGGAAGGUAUUGGAUACAGCCAUACUGUUUCCCCUCUGCCCUGUGGUCUGGUGAUGAUGAGCUGAACGUCUUCCUGCUAUAGGCUUGGAGAGCCCAGACUGUACAUGAUCCAUGGAUAUGUCUGUCUGUCUGUCAGUGUAGAUACUGUAAUAAAAGGAUACUGUAUAUGUAGGAAUAUAAUGGUUGAGAGGUAUUUACUUACGCAAUAUGAGUUUAAUUUCUAUUAUGGAUCUUUCAGGUGAACAAUAUUUGAAUAUGUAGCGUUUUGUUUAUGAUGAGGACCAACAGUCAGUGGAAGGUGUGUAUUUUCUUUGCCAAUAUUAUUGUUUCAGUCGCAGGGUAGCAUGACCACAAGGCACAGACAGAGACAAUCUAUCGAACAUGCACGAGUAUAGACAACAUUAACAGCAUCCACUUAUCCACUGUCCCACCCCUUCACACUUCUGCUGUCCCUUUACAAAGGUUAACCGUUAAAGGUUCAAUUAUUUUAUAGUGAAAACAAAACUAUUUUUCAAACUGGACCAUUUUACAAAGCCUUGACAAAAUACUGUAUUGCUUCCUAUCUUCUGUGAAGGCAGUUUUCCCCCCCUUCAGAAUGAAGAAAUGUUUGAUUGUGAACUUGUCAUGUGAAAUUCCAUCCUGAUGAACCUUCUAUUUUACCUGUAAUAUGUGGUGUUCAAAAUAAUUCAGGCUGGGUUAGCCAUCAAUAUUGUAUACAGUAGUUAUAUAUAAAUGAUGUUAACCACUAACCCUUAUAGUAUGUCUUGAAAUUGAAAUGUAUUCCAGAAAUAACUAUUGUUUAUAUUUGAGAAUAUUAGAAUUAUUGCCACUUUAGUAGCAGUCUUGCAUGUACUGUACUAUUAGAUGCCAGUUUUACACUCGGUACAGAACAUGUUCUACUUUAUGGGGCCACGUGUGUGACUGAAUAGUUAUUAUAGUUCAAUGCCUUGUAGAUAUGUCAAGGAUAAAUAAUCAACAAAGGGCUAUGCGUUCUAUGGAAAAUAUUGAAGAUGUUUCCAGAGAACGCAUAGAUCCCCGAGUUGAUUAUCCUUUUCAUACCAUGGCUAUAACUGAACAUAUUUGGCACUAAGAAUGUGUUAAUUUGUUUAUUCGAUAGCUACAACAGUUGCCUUGGUAAACAAACAGACUUGCUAGUUUAUCUAACCAAACCACCAGUCCUAGCUUGCUAUUAUGAAAAUGUAAUUCAACAAUGCCAAUAACGUUUUCAAUUCGACUUUUGCUUUCAAAAGCAGCUCAAACAUAGAGCAUGUAAGAAUUAACUAUAGCCAAUGAAUUCUACCGUGCAGAUAUACCCUGUGUUAUAGGGAAAUAAUGCAUGCUCUAGAAUGCCCUUCAAGCCAUUCAGAAACAAGUAUUCAACAACGCCAUGGAUAAGUCCCAGUCGGUAUUAAAUCGUAUUCAAUUCUUGUUGGCUGCUUGUUUAAGUCGAUUACAAAACUACAUUUGAGAAAGGUACAACAUGCAUAUAGAUUGCUUUUCAACAUCGCCUGCUCCCGAGCAUUCUCUACUUAGAAAUACGUAAUAUUGUAAGGCUUCCCUCAUGCGCCUUUUCAUGACGGUGCUAGGAGGCGAUGACUGAGUGCUAGCUAGCACGAGGGAAGCCCUACAAUAUUACACUUUUCUAAGUAGUUCAAAUACUUGGGAGCAUUCAAUAUUGAAAAGUAAUCUUUAGGCAUGCUGUACUUUUCUUAACUGUAGUUUUGUAAUUGACAAAAACAAGUAGACAGAGACAAAAUUGUGUUCGAAAAAGGUCACGUUUUUGCUGUGAGCCAAUGGCGUAACCAAGGUGAUGGUUGGAUUGGUUUCCCCCUAGGCGGUCGGGGCCGCGACAUUCUAUCUAAUACCGACUAGGAGUAUAAACAGGUAUAACGAGAACUAUAUAACAAUGUGUUCAGUCGGUUCUGUGCUAACGUUCCACUCCUUGUCAUGCCAACCAUUUUUUAACGUUUGAAAUGGCAUGGAUGUGGCAACGAGUGUAAUGCACAAACCUCUGCUGCAUUUCAGGCUGACAAUGUGUACCCACGGUGUAAUUAACACUGUACCUGCUUAUGUAGCUGCCAUGUAAAUACAUAGAUUUCUGAACAUUUUGUUAAUAUACUGUAAAGUGGGACCAAUAUAUUUAGCUACAUACAGUAUACAUAAAAUGUAUGUCAUUUACUCAAGCGUUAGUAAUAUAAAAUGUACACAAGCUUUACUGGAUUAUUUCCAUGAGCAGAUUGGAAAUGUUUUGUAUUAGUACAAUGCCGUUAUGAUUAUCAUAGCACUGUAAAUAUACAUAUACAGUGCAUUCGGGAAGUAUUUUUUCCACAUUUUGUUACGUUACAGCCUUGUUCUAAAAUGGAUCUAAAAUCAAUCUACACACAAUAGAAAUUGUUGCAAAUGUAUUAACAUUUUAAAAAACAACUGAAAUAUAAAAUGUACAAAAGUAUUCAGACCCUUUACGCAGUACUUUGUUAAAGCACCUUUGAGAGCGAUAACAGCUCGAGUCUUCAUUGGGUACACAACUGUAUUUGGGGAGUUUCUCCCAUUCUUCUCUGGAGAUCCUCUUAAGCUCUGUCAGGUUGGAUGGGGAGCGUCACUGCACAGCUAUUGUCAGAUCUCUCCAGAGAUGUUUGAUCGGGUUCAAG